CCUCGGCGCUGUGACAGCUGACAGUGGAAGAAGGAGGAAAACAAACCUAAUCCAAGCCGGGCGGCCAUCUUUCCUGAGCUCGCUGAGGCAGGCGGAGAGCGGGAGUGAGGACGGAGGAACCUCGGCUGUCGACUUUCAUUCAGUCCGGGAUCACUAACGCGACCGGUCCACCCCCCUCACACAGGAGCACCUCUCCGCGGCUCGUGCUUUCCCUCCUCGGGAUCCUUUAGGAGACCCGAUCCCAUCGAACCAGUCGGACUGCUAGCUGCGGAGCUAAGCUAACGGCUAGCCGGGGCAGCUAGCUGUUCGGUGACCGAGCUGGGUGCGUCAGAAGCGGAUCAAAGACUGCAGUUUCGCUCGGUGAUAUUCCGGCUGAUGGUGGACUCCGAUCCCCGCGGACACCACCUCCUCGACGGGGACAUGCUGUGAACACGGAGCCUGGAGGAAAGGUGGAGGUUUCAGGGAUCCGGAGAGACUUUAACACCGAUCCUGCAGUUGGACUUAAUCCCCUUUGGAAAUUCUCUAAAUCAGCUCCACCGGGGAAAAUGUCCUCCGUGACGCCCGACAAGAAGAAUCCGCCCCGGACAGUAUCCGAGAGGCCGCGGUGAACCGGCUGCUGUGGUCCCGCUGGAGAGACCCGAGACCCGGGAUGUUCCACGGUUGAUCGGCGGUGCCUCCGCCUCGUUCACCGGGCCUGUGCACAGAUUAACGGGCUGGGACCGCCUCGGUGACCCUGCCCGGAUCAGAUUAAAGGGCUCACGUUAGACGGGAAAGACCGGGACGUGUUGCCGGAUCUCGGUGUCCACCAUAAGAAUCAGCUCUGGUUUAAAGGGACGCUAAUCCCGGUCCUGGUUUCGGGAUUAUAACUGACAUUAAGCAUUGUAGUCUUUGGAUCCACAAUGGGAUCAGCGACCAAACUGGCCUUCAGCGUGUUCCUCAUCUCCUGCUCCUCAGGUGCGAUCCUGGGCCGCUCAGACAUUCAGAAGUGUGUCCACUACAACUACAACCCUUCGUCUUCCUCGUCUUCCUCGUUGGCGUCUGAGAGUCAGGGUAACAUGAGCGGGGUGGUCACCUGCUCCGGAGACAAGGACAAGAGGCUCCACUGCUUCGCCACCUGGAAGAACGUGUCCGGAGCCGUCCAGGUGGUCAAACAGGGCUGCUGGCUGGACGACGUCAACUGUUACGACAGGCGCGAGUGCGUGGAGAGGAAGGACGCUCCUGAAGUCUUCUUCUGCUGCUGUGAAGGAUCUUUGUGUAACAGCAGGUUCUUCUACAGUCCUGACAGCAGACAGACGCAGAUACCAACCACAAACAAACCGGUGACGGCCAAGCCCCCGGUGCUGACCACUCUGAUGUACUCGCUGGUUCCCAUCAUGGCCGUCACCGCCAUCGUCCUCUUCUCCUUCUGGAUGUACCGGCACCACAAACUGGCCUACCCUCCUGUCCUGGUGCCCACACAGGACCCCGGGCCCCUGCCCCCCUCCCCCAUCCUGGGCCAGAAGCCCCUGCAGCUGCUGGAGAUCAAAGCCAGGGGGCGCUUCGGCUGCGUGUGGAAGGCCCAGCUGCUCAGUGAAUACGUCGCCGUCAAGAUCUUCCCCAUCCAGGACAAGCAGUCGUGGCAGAACGAGUACGAGAUCUUCACCCUGAGCGGGAUGAGACACGAGAACCUGCUGCAGUUCAUCGGAGCCGAGAAGAGAGGCAGCAACCUGGACAUGGAGCUGUGGCUCAUCACCGCCUACCAUGAGAAGGGUUCUCUGACAGACUACCUGAAGGCAAACGUCCUCUCCUGGUCUGAACUGUGUCUCAUCGCUCAGUCGAUGUCUCGAGGUCUCGCCUACCUGCACGAGGACAUACCUGGACACAAGGACGGACACAAGCCUGCCAUCGCACACAGGGACUUGAAGAGUAAGAACGUGCUGCUGAAGUCCAACCUGACCGCCUGCAUCGCUGACUUCGGCCUCGCUCUCAGGUUUGAGGCGGGAAAAUCUCCUGGAGACACGCACGGACAGGUGGGGACCAGGAGGUACAUGGCCCCGGAGGUACUAGAGGGGGCCAUUAACUUCCAGAGAGACGCCUUCCUGAGGAUAGACAUGUACGCUCUGGGUCUGGUGCUAUGGGAGCUCGCCUCACGCUGCAAAGCUGCUGACGGUCCUGUGGACGAGUACAUGGUGCCGUUUGAGGAGGAGGUGGGCCAGCAUCCGUCUCUGGAGGACAUGCAGGAGGUGGUGGUCCACAAGAAGAUGAGACCGACGCUCAGAGAGUGCUGGCAGAAACACGCUGGUCUGGCCCUGCUCUGUGAGACCAUUGAGGAGUGCUGGGAUCACGAGGCUGAAGCUCGGCUGUCGGCGGGCUGCGUGGAGGAACGAGUCGUGCAGAUGCAGCGGCAGACGAGCGUCACGCCGCCGGAGGACAUUGUCACGGUUGUCACCAUGGUAACCAACGUGGACUACCCGCCUAAAGAGUCGAGCCUAUGACAAGGCCCGAGGACCAAUCAGGACAGAGCAGGGACUCCCUCAGUGAGCGUUUUCUGUCUCUGAUCUAAGACUCAGGUGGGCGCUCAGAUGACUGUAAGGGCACUCAGGUGACCUUGAUGACGCUCAGAUGACUUUAAGAGCGAUCAGGUGACCUUGAUGACGCUCAGGUGACCUUGAUGACGCUCAGAUGACUUUAAGAGCGAUCAGGUGACCUUGAUGACGCUCAGGUGACCUUGAUGACGCUCAGGUGACGUUGAUGACGCUCAGAUGACUUUAAGAGCGAUCAGGUGACCUUGAUGACGCUCAGGUGACCUUGAUGACGCUCAGAUGACUUUAAGAGCGAUCAGGUGACCUUGAUGACGCUCAGAUGACUUUAAGAGCGAUCAGGCGACCUUGAUGUCGCUCAGGUGACCUUGAUGAUGCUCAGAUGACUUUAAGAGCGAUCAGGUGACCUUGAUGACGCUCAGGUGACCUUGAUGAUGCUCAGAUGACUUUAAGAGCGAUCAGGUGACCUUGAUGACGCUCAGGUGACCUUGAUGACGCUCAGAUGACUUUAAGAGCGAUCAGGUGACCUUGAUGACGCUCAGGUGACCUUGAUGACGCUCAGAUGACUUUAAGAGCGAUCAGGUGACCUUGAUGACGCUCAGGUGACCUUGAUGAUGCUCAGAUGACUUUAAGAACGUUCAGGCGACCUUGAUGUCGCUCAGGUGACCUUGAUGAUGCUCAGAUGACUUUAAGAGCGAUCAGGUGACCUUGAUGACGCUCAGGUGACAUUGAUGAUGCUCAGAUGACUUUAAGAGCGAUCAGGUGACCUUGAUGAUGCUCAGAUGACUUUAAGAGUGAUCAGGUGACCUUGCGUGCACUCAGGAGACGUGGAGGACAACAUGGCGGACAGUCUCUCCCUCAGCAGCCUGAGCCGCACUGAUCUCCACCCUCUGACAUCACUUCCUCUUGUCACUUCAAAAUAAGAGACUUCCUGGACGUUUUGUAGGCUAACUGUAGUUUUUAGUUUGUGUUUCUCUGAAUGAUGUGAUGCCAACGAGAAGCAGCUUCUGAAUGUCUGUGUGUGUAAAUACAGAAGAUUUAUAUAUUCUACUGAGAGGUAAUAAUCAGGUUAUUGAUCCAGACGGAGGUAAUAAUCAGGUUAUUGAUCCAGACAGAGGUAAUAAUCAGGUUAUUGAUCCAGACAGAGGUAAUAAUCAGGUUAUUGAUCCAGACAGAGGAGAGGUAAUAAUCAGGUUAUUGAUCCAGACGGAGGAGAGGUAAUAAUCAGGUUAUUGAUCCAGACAGAGGUAAUAAUCAGGUUAUUGAUCCAGACAGAGGUAAUAAUCAGGUUAUUGAUCCAGACAGAGGAGAGGUAAUAAUCAGGUUAUUGAUCCAGACAGAGGAGAGGUAAUAAUCAGGUUAUUGAUCCAGACGGAGGUAAUAAUCAGGUUAUUGAUCCAGACAGAGGUAAUAAUCAGGUUAUUGAUCCAGACAGAGGUAAUAAUCAGGUUAUUGAUCCAGACAGAGGUAAUAAUCAGGUUAUUGAUCCAGACAGAGGUAAUAAUCAGGUUAUUGAUCCAGACGGAGGAGAGGUAAUAAUCAGGUUAUUGAUCCAGACGGAGGAGAGGUAAUAAUCAGGUUAUUGAUCCAGACAGAGGUAAUAAUCAGGUUAUUGAUCCAGACGGAGGAGAGGUAAUAAUCAGGUUAUUGAUCCAGACAGAGGAGAGGUAAUAAUCAGGUUAUUGAUCCAGACGGAGGUAAUAAUCAGGUUAUUGAUCCAGACGGAGGUAAUAAUCAGGUUAUUGAUCCAGACGGAGGUAAUAAUCAGGUUAUUGAUCCAGACAGAGGUAAUAAUCAGGUUAUUGAUCCAGACAGAGGUAAUAAUCAGGUUAUUGAUCCAGACAGAGGUAAUAAUCAGGUUAUUGAUCCAGACAGAGGUAAUAAUCAGGUUAUUGAUCCAGACGGAGGAGAGGUAAUAAUCAGGUUAUUGAUCCAGACGGAGGAGAGGUAAUAAUCAGGUUAUUGAUCCAGACAGAGGUAAUAAUCAGGUUAUUGAUCCAGACAGAGGAGAGGUAAUAAUCAGGUUAUUGAUCCAGACAGAGGAGAGGUAAUAAUCAGGUUAUUGAUCCAGACGGAGGUAAUAAUCAGGUUAUUGAUCCAGACAGAGGAGAGGUAAUAAUCAGGUUAUUGAUCCAGACAGAGGAGAGGUAAUAAUCAGGUUAUUGAUCCAGACAGAGGAGAGGUAAUAAUCAGGUUAUUGAUCCAGACAGAGGUAAUAAUCAGGUUAUUGAUCCAGACAGAGGAGAGGUAAUAAUCAGGUUAUUGAUCCAGACAGAGGAGAGGUAAUAAUCAGGUUAUUGAUCCAGACAGAGGAGAGGUAAUAAUCAGGUUAUUGAUCCAGACGGAGGUAAUAAUCAGGUUAUUGAUCCAGACGGAGGAAAUAAUCAGGUUAUUGAUCCAGACGGAGGUAAUAAUCAGGUUAUUGAUCCAGACGGAGGAGAGGUAAUAAUCAGGUUAUUGAUCCAGACAGACACAAACAUACGGCAAUCUUUCUUAUCUUUCUUCAGACUUUUGAUCCUCUGAGACACGAGGAGAUUCAAACAUUUCAUGAAUGAAAUCGGAGAAAUAAAGUGAAAUUGAACUGAUCGAUCGAUACGGGUGCAAGUUAUCGGUUGUUUUUAUCUAAUAUAUUAAUUGUUUAAAACAGAAGCUCAUGGCUGUAAGUCUGACUAUUGAUUAUCCUUCAGUGGGACAAUAUGUAUCUUAUCUAAAACCCGUCUCUCAGAGUCCAAAGUGACGACUUCAUCCUUUGCUCCACAGCGUUGACCUAUUGAUCUGUUGCAGCAUUACUCAAUAAGUUUGAUUGAUUGAUCAGAGGAAGGUCUGUCUCGUGCUGCAUUAUUUCCUCUACCAGCAGUGUCAAAUAACAAUUAAUUUAAAGAAAGGCGCGUUCCCGCUGACUCUUUUAACUGUUUUUUUUUAGUGUUUUAUUUACUUAUUGAUUAAUUAAGAAACUAAUUAGGGUAUUAAUCAGUAAUAAUUGUACUGAUUAGUUCUGUUGUUUCACUUUAUUUCUUUGACUCUGAAUCAGAGACAAUCCAAGCCACAUUUUAGAUGUUAAUCAGCCUGCUGAUCAGCUGCCUGCAAACUAAACAGGAAAGAAAGAUCUUAUGAGAUUGAGCUGAAGGUGAAAUGUGUUUAAACUCGUCUUCACUGCUGGUUUCCUGUCUGCCUCUGUAGAGCCUGAAACUGAUCAUCAAUAACUCUGUUUUAUCCAUUUAUUGAUCUGCUCAGCGACUCACAGUUCGUCUGAAACAAUGUCUCGUCAGUGAAGAAAGAAAAAUAAAACGGAUAAGAUGUUGGUCAGAAUGUAAAGAAAUAAACUGUGAAGUCAGAAGAAUGAUUCAAUCUGAGGAAAUAAAGUGUUGUAUGAUCAAACAAGUUCAGGGUCAAUAAAGCUUUGUAUAGAUCUGUU